AUGGUGCCGAGCUGGGAUGCUGCGUAUGAAAGAGAACUGCAAACUUUUCGAGACAUCGGAGAUGCUGGGGAAAUAUGGUUUGGAGAAGAAAGCAUGGUUCGCAUAAUCAGGUGGCUGGAAAAGCAAAAGGUCCCCCUUGACAGCUCUGUGCUUGACAUUGGAACUGGAAACGGUGUUUUACUGAUAGAAUUGGCAAAGUCUGGCUACGUGAAUCUCACUGGGAUUGAUUACUCUCCUCCUGCAAUACAACUUUCAGAAAAAGUAAGAGAGAAAGAAGGGAUGUCUAACAUUAAAUUAAAGGUAGAAGACUUCCUGGCUCCAUCAGCUGAACUGUCAGGAUUUGAGAUUUGUAUUGACAAGGGGACUUUUGAUGCCAUAAGCCUUAAUCCCGAUAACGCAGUGAGAAAGAGGAAGCAGUACGUGAGAUCUCUCUGCAGUGUAUUGAAACCAGAGGGCUUUUUCCUCAUAACGUCUUGCAACUGGACCAAGGAGGAGCUGUUGAAUGAGUUCAGAGAAGGAUUUGAAAUUCUGGAGGAGCUGCCAACACCCAAGUUUUGCUUUGGAGGAAGAAUUGGAAACAGUGUAACAGCAUUGGUUUUCCAAAGGAAAAAAGUGAGGCCAUCCAGCUUGGACAAAUUAGAUUAGUUGAGAAAAGUCUGAACUUUAAACCUGACAGAAAACCUCAGACACGUGUGUAAAUAAAUGCUCUUUGAGUACACAGUAAAAUGCUAUGUAUGGAACUCUAAGGAACUAUAAAACAUUGCCCCAGAAACAUUUCAGCUUUGCAUAACUUGCCCAUAAAUUUUGUCCUUGCUACAACCUCAGUUGUUUUAGGGAAGCUGCAAGUUUGUGAGUGAGAGAGAAAUAAGGCAUUCUAAAUACGGACACCAAUAUAACUGAAUGAUAUUGUGUUUGGAACAUAAAGAUUAUCUGGUAUUUAAUUUCUGUUUUGGUAAUCAGUGACCAAUAGAGGUAAAGGUGUUCUGCAAAGCAAAAAUCUCAUUUCUCUGUUGUGCGGUGUGAUAGGGAACAAGCUUUUGCAAUGCAAGUGCUGGAUCUUUUAUUUUGUUUCUUAGGUGAACGUGAAUGUAGCUGUUAAGGAGAGAAAUGAGUAUAAAAGCCAUAGCACUUGCGAAAAAGGACCAGUUAGUGCUUUAAAUUCAGAUUUUCGGAGGUUCUCAGACUCAGCACAGUUCUGUCUCCACUGAAAUAGCUCAUCUCUUUUCCCACAGAGGGAGUGUUUUUAAGAAUCUCACUGACCUGAAUGCGUACAUGCUUCAUCAGUUAUUUUCACUGCUCUCAUAAAUAUAUAAAGGUGUGAUGUUACAGUCUCACUAGCAUGUGACAUAUACCUCCUUCAUGAUUAAUUUGCUAUAUAGUAAUGUCUUAAGAGCCAACAAUGACCGUAUGUUUUCCAGUGAAUUUCUCAGGACAGAUUUUAGCUGCAUAAAUCCAAAAGAAUUCAAAGCAUAGCUAUCCAUUCCUUUUUCCUUUUUUUAAAAUUUUUUUUAAACUUCUGUGCGUGAUCCCUUUGCUUAAUUUCUUUGCCUUUAUUUCUUCUGUUGUUUUGUAUUUUCAGAAUACUACUAUAGCUUGAAAGGUAGGAAAAUGAGAUUUCUUUAUGCCUUGACAAACACAUUUGCAGGUGACAAUGAACUUGUUCUUUCAAACAUCAAGGAGGCCCUAUUAGGCAAUCAGGUUUUGUUUCACAGGCAAGGUCAUGUUUGCUUAUCAGAGAAUUGCUUCUCCUAGUUUCCAGGCUCCUCCUAGUUCCCAGGGUUCAGGAGAUCUGUAAGGGUCAAGAAAUACUUCUAGUCCUUUCCCAGGGUAGGAAAUAAGGCUUUAUUUGCACAGUGGUGAGUCCUCCCUCUGUGAUCCAUCUGGUGAUGUGUUCAAGGUAGGAAUCCUAAAUUCUACAUCUUUUUGCAAAAUGGGAUAUACUGGUUCCAUUGGAAGAAUGGUCUGUCAGCAGUGGUGAGAAAGUUUAGUCCCAGUGAAUAGCUCUUUGCAUAUUUGGUCAGGCUUGGGUUCCUAAGUCGAGUGCCAAAAGCACGGUCUUGUUAUCAUUUGGGUAACUAUUGUAGUACGAUGUACUGCAUCUGCCCAGCGGGCUUCCAGCAGCCAACAGGAAUGCUAUGAAAUGUAAGUGGUAAUUCAGACGCAGGACUUUUUUGAUCGAGUAGUACAAAGGAUUCAAAGUACACUACUGGUAACAACCUCCAUAAAAAGACUAUGACAUUUUUGUAGCCAAUUUGGCAUCUGGUAGAGUUAAUACAAGCAAAUUUUAAUUGGCAAAUACUCUGGCAGGAUGUGUUUAGGGCAUCUGUUUUAUUCCCAUCUGUAUCUUUUGCUAAUGAAGGCAUGAUAUGUAUUUAAUCAUGGAAUGAAAAUAAAUUCGUGGCUGUCAUGGAUUUUCUUUUAAUCAAUUAGGAGGAGUUUAACUAUAGAUUCACACUC